CAUGUUCCCCAAUGUGUGUAUGUAUGGUAUGAGCGUAUGAAGGUUGAACUGACUACUAAACAUAACCGAGUAUUUAAACUAGUUAUUGAAUUGUCUGUAUUGUUCAGUAUCUAAUGUCCACAUGCCGUUACAAUAACGUCUAUAUUUUUGGACCUCACCUGCUUCUUUCGGGAUUUUAAUAAAGGGUGAAGAUGGCUGGUCUUUCUAGCUAUGCCCUGCGCAUGGCCCGUCUGAGUGCCCGAAUAUUUGGAGAUGUGUCCCGUCACACAGAUUCCAAGUCUAUGAAAGUGGUUGGGUUUUUUAAAGAACCCCCUCCGGCCCAGAGAAAAGAAGUGUAUGACUGGUACCCCCCGCACAAGAUUUACUAUUCAAUGACCCAGAAGCUCAGAUAUUUGGGACUUUUCAGGGAUGAGCACCAGGAUUUCAAGGAGGAAAUGAGACGCUUGAGGAAACUGCGGGGGAAAGGAAAACCUAAGAAGGGAGAAGGGAAGAGAGCCACAAAGAAGAAGUAGACCAACACAUUUCAGCUAUUUAUGAACAGACAUUUGAGAAUCUGAUGAAGAAACUGAGCUAAACACCGGACAAUGGGACAUUGUUUAUAACAGUGGCAACAUUAUAUUAGCAAAGAUUGUGGUGGGAAAAAAAUCUGAAACAUGACAUCUAUAAUGGAAAUUAAAUAUGAUUUUUUUUUGUACAUUUUGCACCUUCAUAUAGCCGUUUUUUUUUUUUUUUAAAUUGACAUUGUUUUGAUUAUGUUUUUCUGCAGAGUGUUGCCAGUUUUACAUAAUGGAACAUCCUAAGAUUACCUAACCAACACAUUUAGGUUUGUCUUUCCCUAAGACUACACUGAAAGAAAAGAAUAAAAAAAAUUCUGAAUAAACUAUUAGUGCACAA